AUGGAUGGCCUGGGGGAUGGCGACGGCAUGGGUUUUGACAUGCAACCCAUGAUGAUGAACCAACAAUCCCAGCUCUAUGGAGGUUAUCCUCAUGAUGGCUCGCAAAUGUCCGUUCCUGGAAGUUCUCUGUACCCCGACGAUUCGGUAUUAGGCGGGGAUGAUGGCAACGAUGCGAAUGAUGCGAAGAGGCGACGCAUUGCAAGGGCAUGCGACAUGUGCCGAAAAAAGAAGAUCAAGUGCGACGGGAAGAUGCCCAAGUGCUCACACUGCAUCAACUAUAAGACCGACUGUAUCUUCACACAAGUAGAAAAGAAAAGGAAUCCACCCAAAGGAGCCAAGUACAUUGAAGGCUUAGAGAACCGUUUGGGCCGCAUGGAGUCGCUGCUGCGACUGUCUGGGCUUUUAUCCGAAGGCGAUAAUGGGAAGACAGAUUUGGGUACACUGGAGAAACGACUGGCCGACCGAACAAUGGCCCUGGACGCGGCGAGAAACGCAAAUCAAUUUACUGCCCCGAGUGCAACCCAGCAAGCUGUGACAUCGCACAAUACCACCCCCCGCAUGGAUUCUCAAUCUAGUCCACGGACUACCGCCGCCACAUCUCCUGAUUCACAAAAGUCCGAAACAGAAGUGGAGGCGCUGUCGGAUAUGAUGUGCUCAUUGGUCACCAACAACUGUGGAGAGACUAGAUAUAUCGGAUCUUCUUCUGGGUUCUCAAUCUUUUCGCCAAAGGGUAUUCAAUGGGUCAACGAGAAGACAGGAGAUACCUCGUUCCAAGAAAUGAUCUCAUCGGCCUAUGUUGACGAUAAUAAGUGGAUGUACUGGAAGCCGGAGAUCUUUAGCGACAUCUUUGCGCGGAGGGUAUUCAAGCCUUUGCCUCCAAAGGAGGAAGCUCUCUCUUUAUUCAAGGAUUUCUUCGAGAACUUCAAUUGCAUGUUCCCUCUUUUCCAUGAGGCAACAUUCAUGCAUUUGGUAGAACGACAAUAUUCUCGCGACCCGUACGAAGGUUCUGGGUGGUGGGCGAGUAUUAACGUUGUGCUCGCCAUCUCUCAUCGACUCCGAGUGAUGAGCAACUUAGUACCACAUGAAGAAGACAAAAAGGCCUGGCUGUACCUGAAGAAUGCCAUGGGUGUUUUGACCGAGUUGACGAUGCGAAAUACUGAUCUUCUGAGUGUCCAAGCACUUCUGGGAAUGUCGCUAUUCUUGCAAGGUACACCAAACCCGCAGCCUGCCUUCUUUUUGGUUGCAGCAGCUAUUCGUCUAUCACACAGCAUUGGCUUGCAUAAGCGUGGCUCGGGCUUCGGGCUGAAUCCAGUGGAAAUGGAGCAGCGGAAGAGAGUAUUCUGGAUUGCCUACACUCUUGACAAAGAUCUCUGCCUACGAUCUGGCAGACCACCAGUACAGGAUGACGAUGACAUGAACGUUGAGCUACCAAGCGAGGACCCACCAGACAACGUUGGUAAUGUUCCACUUGCCGACGGAAUAGGCAAGUUCAACCUCUUUAGGUCGUUGUGUGAGUUUGCCACGAUCGAGAGCAAGGUCUACAAGAAAUUAUACUCCGCCAAGGCAUCACGACAGUCUGACGGUGAACUGCUCAACACCAUUGGAGAGCUUGAUAAAGAACUCGAAGACUGGAAAGACAGUAUCCCCACCGAUUUCCGCCCAGAACAUGAGAUUCAAGCCACCCACGGUCCUCUCAUACUCCACGUUGUGGUCCUCCAGUUCUCAUACUACAAUUGCUUGACCACUAUUCAUCGUAUGUCCGUGCACCACGGUUACUGGACUAGUCGAUUAUCCAAUUACGCCAUUCAAGGUCUAAAUGCCCGACCAUUGAACCCUAGAGUUUUCCUCUCCGCAGUUCUUUGCGUGACUGCGGCUAGGGCAUCGAUCAAUUUGAUCAAAUAUAUCCCUCAGGGCGAUUUUGCUUGUGUCUGGUUGAUUCUCUACUAUCCCGUGUCUGCUCUUGUGACCCUCUUCGCCAAUAUCCUUCAGAACCCCAGCGACGCUCGUGCUCGAUCGGACGUAAAGUUGAUGAACGUCGUUGUCAAUUUCCUGUCCACCUUGGUCUCUGACGAGUCCAACGGUAGCAUCAAGCGAAUGCUCUCUCUCUGUGGCGAAUUCGAAAGAAUUGCCAAGGUGGUCCUUGAUAAGGCCGAGAAAGAGUCUCAUGCCCGCAAGAAGCGGAAGAAUGCACAUGAUGAUUCAGCCCGGGAAGAAAAUGGAGGCCAACCCACUACCUCCCCAUCCGGCAAACCUCAACCUCCUCCCUCAUCAACGCCUUUCACACCAGCCAUGUUUACCAACGACCCCACCGCUCCUACCUCUUCACCUAACACAGCCAAGAGCUAUGGCCCAGAUCCUUCCUUGCCUUCGAACACCGGUAUAUCUAAUAACCCGAUCCCUGGGUAUGGCCAAGGUUUCUCAGAAAUGCUCAGUCCAGACCAGCUGGACAAUGUCCAAUUCGGUGAGCAAAGCACCUUCGGGCAAACAAACCCAAAUAUGGCGGCUCCUUUCCAGCAACCAUUCGUCCCACAAGAUUUAUGGCAGAUGCCGAUGACGAUCGAAUGGGAUUGGGCGGACAUGUCUUCCAACUUCCCUAUCUUCGAAGCGGGAGAGGGUAAUGGUCAACCGCCUCCGCAGUAA